UUCUUUGUCCCGUCAAAGCUCAGCUUCACAAUGGCCACAUCGUCUGGCGAUUCGGAAUACAUUCAAAGUUUGGGUGACUCGGCCUCCGAACUCUUUUCUUUUCAUUACCCAGACUCAGAAUUGCAUUGGUCAUUGCCUGAAGAAAAUGGAACACCAUCUGAGGGAACAGUCUGGAUUGAUGAUCUCGAUCAGCAAUUGUGUCCCUACACAAGACCAGAACCCCCACCACUCUAUAAUGGAAUAGAACAUAUUUCAGCAGAGGGUUUCACGCCGUGGAACUACCCUUCAUCAAGCUCAUAUCUCACAGGACCUUCUGGUUUUGCCGCCCAAGGGGAUUAUGAUGUGAGCAGCUUUGGGCUUCAAGAAGGUGGUAUUUCCAACUCUUGGCAGCCAUGGAGUGGAGAUCAGGCAUUUGAUGUCACAGCAGAGGCGUUUGAUGUCACAGGAGAGGCAUUCGAUGUCACAGGAGAGGCAUUUGAUAUCACAGGAGAGGCAUUUGAUGUCACAGGAGAGGCAUUCGAUGUCACAGGGGACCUCCACUUAUUACCAACUCCUCAUGAUGGAAAUUUUGAUAAAGUCUCUAUGGCGUCCACUCGCUAUUUCGAUUAUCCUGAGGAUCAGGCCUCUCAUUCACAGUACCAAAAAGAAAAAUCCGAGUAA